AAGGCAUUUUCGAAGGAGCGGUCAAUUUUUCUUCUUCUUCUUUUCAAAGCUUGGCGCAGAGACGAAGAUGGAGACCAGGCUUCAGCUGACAAGAAGUUCGCGAUGAAGGAGAUCGUCCACACAGGAGGAGUCCGUCUCCCCUUCCUCGCCGGGUUCCGAUCCCAGGUCACAUUGCUCUCUCCUCGCGGACUUCGAUGCAUCGGGACAGACCUUGUUCAAAAUGGAGCAGAGACGUGAAAGUUAGGGUUGUAGGUGUGAGGGAAAAAGAAGACGAAGAAGAAGAAGCAGAAGAAGGAGGAGAAGAAGGAGAAGAGCGCACGAACGUGGCGCGGAGGACCGUGAGAUCUUGACGUUUGCGAUGGUGGAAAUGUGAUGUGUAGGUGGAUAGGUGAAACUGGUGGAGUUGAGUAUUUGUUGCGUGCGGUUUUGUUGAGCGGGAUUGGGGUGUUGGUGGAAGGUGGUUUGAUCGUUGGGAAUACGAUGGUGUUGGAAGUCGGAGAGGAGAUCAGGAAUCAAGCAGGCGGUGGAGGUUAGAUUCACACUUGGAUUGAACAAUGGCACAAGGGACGUCGCUGCUGGCAGCUUGCGGAGGCGAAACAGUGAAGCUGUUCGACGUGUCUAUUGAGACAGGGGAUCCCUGCACGUUCCAAUACACUCCUUCUCCGGGUUAUCACGUCAAUUGCGCGCGAUGGAACCACACCAACUUGGUGGUUGCGAGUGCUGGAGAAGACUGCAAGAUUUCGCUGUGGAUGAAGAAUGGUCACAGCAUAGGUGUUGUGCCUCAGCCUGGUGGAGAAGCGGAUGACAAUAUCGAUGAAUCUAUUCUAGGAAUUUGUUUCAGCAGUAAAGGAUCUCGGUAUCUUGGUUCAGGAGGAACUGGUAAGGUUGUCCGUGUAUGGGAUCUACAAAGGAGGAGAUGCAUCAAGUGGUUGAAGGGUCACACCGACACUAUCACUGGUGUUAUGUACAACUGUAAGGAUGAGCACUUGGCUUCCAUCAGCAUGAAGGGUGACUUGAUUAUACACAACCUUGCAUCAGGCACCCGGGCAGCAGAGCUCAAAGAUCCUAAUAAUCAGGUUCUCAGAGUUAUGGAGUACUCCCGAUUGAGUAGACAUUUGCUACUGACUGCUGGUGAUGACGGUACUGUCCAUUUGUGGGAUACCACUUCACGUAGUCCCAAGUUGUCUUGGCUGAAGCAGCACUCAGCACCUACCACAGGACUCUGUUUCUCACCUACAUCUGACAAGAUGAUUGUAAGUGCUGGACUGGAUAAGAAAUUAUAUACAUAUGAUCCUGGUGUAAAAAAGCCUGUGUACUGUGUACCAUAUGAAGCUCCUUUUGCAUCCUUGGCUUUUAGAGAUGAUGGCAACACAUUGGCAGCUGGUACCAAUAGUGGUCGGGUUGUGUUCUAUGAUGUGCGUGGUCGGCCCCAACCCUUCACAAUCCUGCGAGCUUACAGUGCUUCCGAGGCAGUAACAAGUUUGAGUUGGCAACGUUCGAAUCCAACCACUGUCAAAGAUACAAGAUCUGGAGAGACAGCUCUUUUAGGUGAUAGUAAUGAAGAAUCUGUCAUAAUGCCAGAUCCACUUCCUGCUGGCACCAGGGGGCGGAUAACAUCCGGUGCUCCACCUAGUAAACCUAGUAAUCGUAUUAAUUCGUUUUCAAGCCAGGAACCUGCUUCAGCUAUCGGUGGGCAUUCGGGUAUCUCAAGGCCAAAGUCAGCAGGAGGAGAUGUUACACCUUAUUCUUCUAUGCGUGCAUGGGGAAAUGGUCCAAUGUCUAGACAUCAAACCCCUCGGAUGAAUGCACUCAUCUCUGGUAAAGAUGACAUGGAGGUUUUUUCACCUCUUGUUGAUGUACAGCCCAUUACGCCAUCAGUUACAGGUUAUUGGGAAGGUGGGGUUGCUGGAGAUGAGUUUAACAGGGAUAUGGCAGCUCUUGAUGGGGACAAUAGAAGAAAAACAACCUGGGGAACUCCAUUAGUCCGGCGGUUUCCUAACAUUGAGGAUGUGAAGGAGGAUGUACGGGAGUCGCGUGAAUCUCGUGAUUCAAGUGUUUCACGCAGGUCCUCCCUAGGAUCACGCCAGGAUGAUUUACAGGGAAGAAUGUCAGUUACUCCUCCUCCUGGAAUAUCCAGUAGGUUGGAUCGAUCUCCAUCGUUAACACCCCCUGAGGCAUGGGGUGGUGAACCUUUGGAAAGAGGCGGCUUGAGACAACCAACAAUGUCUAGGUUUGCAUCAACUACAGGACUUCCAUCAUCCCGUUUUGAUUCACUAGCAGCUUCUGCAGAUAAUAAACAAUCAUCUUCUACAAAGGGUGAUAUUCCGUUGCUUAGAUCUCUUGAACAAGACUCGUCUUCACCUCUAACGAAUGGCGUGGGUCAUCAGCCAGCCAUGGUGCCAGCGAGCGAUUUUGAAGCUGGAACUCUAGCUGCAAACAGGAAGUUAAUGUCUUUCGAGGCACGAGAUCUUAACUCAAGCUUAUCACGAGCCCUUCCUGGGUCCUUUCCAAGGUCUGCUGUUGAUUCAGGGUCGCCAAAGCAAAAGAAGCCAGGGUUGGAAAGAAGAGAGGACAGUGGCGGGGUCUCUGGAAGUUCUGAUGGAAAAGACUUGGAGAAUGGCUAUGCAUUAAGGUCAGAUGCAGCUGGUUCUAUUGGGCCCACACCACCUACAUCAAACGGUCAUGGUCAUGGUCAUGGUAGCGUGCAAAGAGCUCAAACUCCACUUGAGCAACACCAACAACAGCAUGGGAUAGGAACUACGGGUUUCGCUCUGCAGCUGGUGCAAAGAGGUCUAGAAGAAAGCCUUGGUGCCGUCCAACGAGCAAUUCAUGAAGAGGUUCAGAAUGUUCAUUUGGAGCUACUUCGACAGUUCCAUAUCCAACAGAUGGAAAUGAGUAGCAUGAUGGAUUCAUUUUUAGAAAAGCAGGCGGAGCUCGUUGAGGAGGUCAAAGCCCUUCGUAGGGAAAAUCAACAGCUACGUGAUCUUUACUAAACGUAGAUUAUACGGCACGACCCGAACAUCAAGUCAACUGACUAGCGAGCUUUAGAUUUGAGAGAGUUUCGUGUAUGCCUAAACCUCUUGUAUCCUUCACGGUACGAAUGUAUAGGAGAGGAUUUUCCAUUGUAUUCAUUAUGUUCCUUUGAGCGUAACUUGCUCAAAGGCAUGAGAUCUUAGAUUGCUAAGAAGUGUCCCAAAUUUACUGAAUUUAGAGCGCGCACUUUCAUCUGGACUCCAGUACAUUUGUUGUUGGGAAACGAUACGUAAUUUGGAGUUAUCAGAGUUUCCAAAAUGUACACGUUCAUUAUUUUCUAAAGACCAAGGAAGUCAAUGUGAGAACUAUGAAAGGAGAACAAUUGAAGUAUUUUAUUUUGUUUUUA